AUGGAUUAUGAAGCGAUGGAAAAACAAAUAGCGCAACUCGAGGAACUAGUUGGAGUCGAUGAAUUCUCAAAGACGAAGCCAAUUCCCGUCGAAAUCGAGCAAAUCACCAAGAAAUUGCGCGAUGAUUUAAAUGCGAAUAUUCUAAUGUCGAUUCCCUAUCAGAAAUUAGACAAUUUGCACAAAUUGGCGGCUCAGUCAAAUCAAGCGGCAGCUUCGAUUUCCGAGCGAAUCGAAUCCAUCAAUUUUUCCGAGCAGCUCAUUUUGCAGCGGAUUGAGCUCAUCAAAACCUUUGAGGAGUGCCUACAAAGCGCUCUGGACACCGAAUGUUUUUCGAAAAUCUCCGAUCUUCUUCCAUUACUCGACGACGAAAUCCGCAUAUGCGAGGAGCUCUACCAAAAAUGGAAAUCCGAAUGCACCGAAUUCGAGAAUUUCCGCGACGAGUACGCCCUAAUUCUCAAAUCGAUCACAAAUCGGGUUUUUCAACUACAAGCCAAAAUCGAUGGUCUCGUGCAGAAGGCCGAAAUCAAGUCAAAACAGGAAAACGCAUAA